UUUCUUGAAGACUUCCUGUCUAUUUUAUCAUUAAUCAUCGCCUGGGUCGCGAGAAAUGAAGCUUUUAGCGAAGAAGCAACCUGCAGCUCCUCCAUAAGGGAUUUUCAGCCACAAUGUAGACUAACUGAACUGCUUGAAAAUCCCCACUUGGAGGAGGCAGACCAGUGGCCUGGGCUAUUUACAGAGCACAGCCGAGGAGUUGAACUACGGGCAACCGAGAACAAAUCCUGUGAGUGGCAGGGUAGAGGACUUUAGCUCGGGACAUCGGAUUACAAGUUCAGCACCCUGACAACUCGGCCACGCCGCCUCCUCCUUAAAAUUAGAACAACUGUAGAAGUUGAGUAAACAAAUUUAGAAAUCGAUGGAUGCAUAGGAGUAAGUUUAAUAAGUUCAUACAGGAACAACGAGUACAAUAAAUGGUUACUAUUACUUUCCAUGACGCUUAUCACAUGAUUAGAACUGAUCUUUCUUUUCUCUCUAUCGCAACGAUGCUUUCUCAUUUCUUUGUUCUGACCUCUAAAACUUAUCAUACAUUCUUAAUUUCAUCAAUUCAAAUAAACGUAUUAUUUGGCUGGUCACCAAUUAUCUCGCCUUGUAAAAUAUUUCAAAGUGGAAGAGAGUUCUAGCGAUAGGGAAAGGGUCGGGGUUAUGUGCGAAUUCACAUCAGUUAAAGAAUUCUACAAUACUUUGUUUUAUAGCCUGGAAGGCGUUUAUGUAAGGGGGGGGGGGGGAAUUUGGGAAAUUCUUUCGGGCUGUAAUUAUUUUGGUAUGUUAAUGGUUCCGUCACGAGAGACUGCUUGAAUAAUUUGAAAAUAUUCUACGAACACAAUUAUCAGCUUCUCUUUGCAUUUUUUGAGUUUUCUGGCCAUAGCCAGUAAAGCUCCAUGUCAAUGGCUUGGUUAGUAAGUGGGUAGGUAAUUCGGUAAGUAAGUGAAUGAGUAAGCAAGUAAAGGGAUUCAAGUAAAUAAGUGAGGGUAACGAAGAGAGAACGCUGCAAAUAUGAGCGCAUCUAGAGAGCCAGUGGCCUUGAAUUAGACAGAUUGGCGUUUACUUGGGCGAGAAAUCAUGCAAAUCAUGUAACGGAGCAGGCAAGAGGAUAUUAUUAAACGAACUUGAUUAAUGAGAAUAACACUGGCCACCAAAGUCUCAUUAAUGCAGUCAACCGCCCGUCUGGGGGAUCUCGUGACGAACUCUAUCCACCUCAUACGAACCUUGCCGGUCUAGCUAACGAAUCUGGUCAGUUUUUUGUCUGAAAGAUCAGGAACAUUCCUGAUCUGCAAUCGGCUUGUCGGCAGUUCCUCAGCACAGAGAUUGUUUUACAUCGUGUUCCAUAUGACAUCUUACAUAACAUUAACCAGCAUCAUGUAAUGCACCAAUCAAUGGUUUGCCCCAGGAUGGGGGGAGGGGGACGGGCAACCCGCGGGAAUUAGACGUCGUAAAGCGCACGUGGGUGGGGAUUUAGACAUCCACAAGGGUCCCCCAGGGUGGAAAUUUGACUUGACAGCCAUCUAAGUGGAGAGGAACUGGGAAUGAGUGAGUUGUCUGCCAUCUUGGAAAAUACCCAGAGGUCAUUUGAGCGAGGGAUGGCCGUACGAAAGGUUGUGCUGUGGUCUACCCACCUAACGAUUGUUCAGGACAACAGAAAGAGGGGAGCAGCAAAGGCAGCCCAAACAAGGAAAAAGAAAGGCUCAUCAAAGGUACUCUGUGGUUACUGCAAAAAAUGCGACCCGAAAGAUGAUAAAGCUGAAACUGUAGAAUGGAUUCAGUGUGGUACCUGUGAUAAUUGGUACCACCAAGUUUGUGCAUUAACACGUCUUGAUGACGAAAUGUUCUGGCAUUGGACAUUUUGUGUUCCUGUAAAUACUAUGUGAAACAAUUCAUAUGUAUUUUCAGCAAUACAGAAUGUGUGUGAAAUUGCAAACCAAAACUGAACCAUGCUAAAUACCUAGAAUAUGCCUUCU